CUGUACCAACCACACAACCACAAGAGAGAGAAUGGGGAGGAGAACUAGUAAUAGUGUGAAGAAAGAUGAGUUAAACAGAGGAGCUUGGACUGAUCAAGAAGACAAGAUCCUUAGAGAUUAUAUCAUGAUUCAUGGCGAGGGCAAAUGGAGUACUCUCCCGAACCAAGCUGGUCUCAAGAGGUGUGGCAAAAGCUGCAGACUCAGGUGGAAAAACUACUUGAGACCAGGCAUAAAGCGUGGAAACAUCUCAUCUGAUGAAGAAGAACUCAUAAUCCGCCUUCAUAAUCUCCUUGGAAACAGAUGGUCGUUGAUAGCUGGGAGGCUUCCAGGGCGAACAGACAAUGAAAUAAAGAACCAUUGGAACUCAAACCUCCGGAAAAGACUUCCCAAAACACAAACCAAACAACCAAAACUUCGAAAACAUUCGACCAACAGCAAGAACAAUGUCUGUGUUAUACGCACAAAAGCGAUUAGGUGCUCAAAGGCUCUGACUAUUCAGAAGCAGAGUAGUAGUAGUAGUACAAGUCUUCUUCCUCUGAAAGAACAAGUGAGCACUGAGAUGGAUCAUCAAGCUGGUUCUUCGUUGUUGGAAGAUCUCGAAAUUGACUUUGAUAAAAUUCAAUCAGAGUUCCUCUUCCCUGAUCUGAUGGAUUUUGAAGGUUUGGGUUGUGGAAACGUAACAUCUCUUGUUUCAUCUGAGGAAAUUUUGGGAGAAUUUGUUCGUGCUGAUGAUUCUUCUUCUCAGGGCAAUCUUGAUCUCAAUAGACCUUUCACUUCUUGUCUUCAUCGUGGCGAUGAUGAAGAUUGGCUUAGAGACUUCAAUUGUUAGAGCUUAUCGCAAUUCGACAUUAUUAUUACAUAUAUCUCUAUACCGCUAUACGAACAAAAGUAUAUUUGUAUUUUGUUUGAACGCUUCUAGUUUCUAAUGACUAAUUUCUAA